CUGAUUCCUGAAUAAAACGCAUGCAAAACGGUUUGGCUCAAUCACUUCUCACAAUACUCACAAUUUUGGAGGCAAAGAAAAAGUCGGACUAAAAUUUGGCGAAAAACUAUUACAUACAAAUAUCAAACAAAGAUGCCCACCACCAAGAAAGGAACGAGCUGCUGUUCAACGGCCAACCUGCUUCACAAGCCAGUGUGGCGCUUUGCCACUCUGUUUGGCAUGCGGCGUUUGGGUCGCUUGGCCAAGAGGAUCUACCCCAAGGAAUAUGGCGGCACUUUGACUCACUUCGAGACAGACCAGCCCGUUAUUGCUCUGACGAUCGAUGACGGUCUCUCACGAGGAGGACCCGAAACCUCCAUGGCCAACGAUGUCUUGGAGUUGUUGGCCAAGUACGACAACGCCCAUGCCACGUUUUUUGUCUGCAGCGACUACGUGACCAACCAAGAAGAUUCCGUCAUUGAAAAGCUGUUGGAUGAAGGCCAUGAAGUGGGAAAUCAUAUGAUCAGUGAUCGUCUCUUUUACUACAACAAGUUGGACAAGCCAGAGUUCCAAACACAGAUGAGACAAGCCAACGCGGUUCUUGAUGACCUGGAAGAAAAGCACGGAAAGCAGAACGCAAAGAAGACCAAGAAGACUCGAUGGUUCAGGGCUCCCCAAGGCCUCAUGUCGGCCAACAUGAAGCAGGCCAUGGAAGAAGAGGGCAACAUGGAACAUGUACUGGGAGAUUGCUACUGCGACGAUUGGUCCUUUGCGCAGGAAGCCGACCCGCUCUUUGCCGCAGAGCUCGAUGGCGACGCGGACCCAAAGCUGCAGAAAUACCGAGAAAAGGCCAUGAAGCAAGUCUCAAAUCUCAUGCUCUCCCAAGUCAAAGCAGGUAGCAUUGCCAUCAUUCACAUGCCAGAAAAGGGAUUCCGAGAAGGCAACCUGAUGGCAUUGGAGUUCUUUCUGCAGGGAAUUCAAAAGAGAGGAUUGCGUUGCUGCAAUCUGACAGAGAUGCAACAAAUGUCUCAGCUGGACGAGGAAGAAGAAACGAAAGACAACACCAGCAAGGACAGCGGAAACAAUGAUACGAUCAAUGAGGAGUCAACGUUGUCGUCGUGAACAAGCCACAGUUUUGGUUGGUUUGAUUGACCAACGAUAGAAGAUAGAAGGAUCCUUUCCUUCUAUUGCUACAUUAAAACUGUAUAAUACAUGAAAUGCGUCUUGUUU